GUUUUGACAAUGAACUGAAUGUAAACAACAGUUUGAUGAUUUUGUUUUGCUAAUUUGCAAUUCGUUUCAUAUUCACCUUUCAACCGUUCAGCAGUUCUCCAAUAAAUGUGCAACAGUACCAGUUUACUUUCGGGUUUUAUACUCAACUAGAUAUAAACGAUGGCCUCCUCACAAGAUGCUUGGUACCUAUCUCUUUUAGGUUUGGCUGAACAUUUUAGAACAUCCAGCCCUCCUAUGAUAAAACUUUGCAUACAAUGUUUACAAGCCGUUUUUAAUUUCAAACCACCUCAGCGAGUAGAAGCUAGAACACAUCUGCAACUGGGAAAUAUUCUUCUAACUCAUACAAAGAAUAUUGAUUUGGCAAAGAAUCAUUUAGAGCAAGCAUGGCUGCUGUCUCAAGUGAUAAACUCCUUUGAUGAUGUCAAAUUUGAAGCAGCUAGUGUUUUAGCUGAAUUGUAUGAACAGCAAGAGCAAAUUUGUCUUUCUAAACCUAUAUUAAGGAAAGCAAUAGAGUUAUCACAGCAUAAUGUUUACUGGCAUUGUAGGCUCAUUUUCCAGCUGGCUCAAAUUCAUGCUACUGAAAAAGACUACACCUUAGCAAGUAGUUUACUUGGAGUAGGAGUUGAUUAUGCUCAUAUUUCUAAUGCCUCCUAUACAAGGGUGCUAUUUCUAUUGAGCAAAGGAAUGCUCCUACUUAUUGACAAAAAACUGCAGGAGGUUCAGCCUGUUUUGAAUCAAGCUGGACACUUGAUUGAGACUUGGACUGGUGCUGUCUAUCAGAAAGAGUACCUUAAAGUUUAUUUUUUAGUCUUGCAGGUGUGCCAUUAUUUGAUGGCCGGUCAAGUGAAGAGUGUUAAACCAUGUUUGAAACAACUGCAGCAAAGUAUUCAAACAAUAAUGGCAACUGAUGAUGUUUUCAUGGGACCAAGUCCUGGUGAUAUGUUCUUGUGGAUGCCUAAAGAACACCUGUAUGUACUGGUAUAUUUAGUUACUGUGAUGCACAGUAUGCAAGCUGGCUACAUGGAGAAGGCUCAAAAAUAUACUGACAAAGCCCUAAUGCAAAUAGAGAAGUUGAAAAUUGUAGAGAAUAAACCGAUUCUAUCGGUAUUUCAACUGAUGUUACUCGAACACAUUAUAAUGUGUCGUUUAGUCAUGGGUAACAAGACUCAAGCACUCCAAGAAAUCUCUUCAGCUGCAGCACUAUGUAAGCAAUGCCCUCGUUUACUGGAGACCCAUGGGCCGCAGUUACAUACAUUGUUAGGGUUGUAUUCCAUGAGCAUGAAUUGUAUGGAGGCUGCAGAAGCUCAGUUUAUGGCCGCUCUCAAUAUUUCGCAAGAACGAGAAUUAUGGACAUUCACCAACUUGAAUCUGGCAAUUGUAUAUCUAAGGGGGAAAAGAGAGGCAGACUUUAUUGCUUUACAUGAGAGAAUUAACCCUGAAAGUUUGCCUUCUCACUCUCACAGCCUAAGAGCGGCUGCAUAUUACGUACAAGGGCUCCAAGCUUUUUUCCAAGGUCGAUAUAAUGAGGCGAAGAGAUAUCUAAGAGAAACCUUGAAAAUGGCCAAUGCUGAAGACCUGAACAGACUAACUUCAUGUUCGUUAGUCCUUCUGGGCCAUAUAUUUUUAUCAUUAGGCAACAGCAGAGAAAGCAUGAAUAUGGUGACACCAGCAAUGCAGCUGGCAAGCAAAAUUCCAGAUGUUCAUGUGCAACUAUGGGCAUCAGCUAUUCUGAAAGACCUUCACAGAAUCUGUGGAGAUAGUCAGAGAGAAAACGAAGCAUAUCAAAGGCAUGUUCACUUCUCGCAGAUGUUACUCAGCGACCAUUUUCAAGCAUCACAGAUGCCAGAACAUAACCUCAUUAUGUGGACCCAAGGCAAUUUUCCUGCAAAUACGGCGAAUGCACCCAGUACUUCAGGAAGUUUAUUAUAAGCAUUAGGACUAUUAAGAUUUUGCAUGUAAGGUGUUUUUUUACUUUUUAUUGAUAAAUAUUAAAUUAUUUAUGAUCA